AUUCAUUCUCAUGGCCUCAAUGCGCUUGAUCAUCACCACUUUGGUCCUAUUAUCUGUGUUGGGUGCAAGCAAGGCCCAGCUCAGCAAUAUCUCGGACAUGGAUAUAGCACUGGCGGAGAUGAAGGCCGGAUCCUACAACGGUUUCGCGAUGCUGCUGCAAAUGCUGAUGGAAUCUGGCAGCCCCAUACCCACAAGGGAUGUGACGUUUCUGAUGCCCAACGACACCCUCCUCGCCGACCAGACCUCUCUCGCCUUCAACGCCCUCCCUGACUUUAUCAUCAGGCACACCAUCCGCUCACCACUCAAGUUCAACAAUCUCCUACUCAUCCCCAAUGGCACAAUUAUCCCUUCCCCUCUUCACAAGUACGGGCUCAUCGUCUCUAACCAUGGAAGUCGCAACUUCUUUGUCAACAACGCCCGAAUUGUUAUCCCCGAUGUCUGCAGAGCCUCAAGUUUCAUUGCAUGCCAUGGAAUUAGCGAUGUUCUGAUUAGUCCUCGCGGUACUUCUCCUCCUCCUCAUUCUCCUCCGCCCCAUCCUUCUCCUUCUCCAUCUCCAGCUCCAGUGCCCCAAGCCCCCCACAUCGCCCCUCCUCCUCAUUCUCCUCCUCCCCAUUCUUCUCCAUCUCCAUCUCCAUCUCCAGUGCCCCAAGCCCCUCCUCCUUCUCCUCCUAUAGCGCCACAGCCUGCCCCUGCUACUGCCCCUGCCCCUGCGCCGUCUUCUAGUGAUGCCAUGCCCAGAGCAUACAUUUCAGUGCUUGUGCUCUUCAUUUCCGCCAUUGUAGUGGGUCUUGCAAACCCAUGAUCUAUGUCCUCCACGCUUCAUUUUGCUUUGGGUUUUUCUAAUCGUUAUGUAGCCUGCAGUAUCUUAGCAGAAUAUGUAUUAGCUGUAUGAAAUCUACAAUGUGUGUCAAGUACAAUCCUAAUGUAGCGGCAUCGUUAAGGUUAGUUAUGUUUUAUGAAAAAAGUCCUAAACUUUAUUUCUUCUGUUCUUCUGUAUUCUCUGCCGCUGUUGUCGGUUUUCUAAAAAGCAAAUGAGAAUUUGCUUUU